AUGGCCCUGGAGAGCCAGGUGUGGGCUCCAGCCACACCCAUGCCUGUGGCCGAGAGCUCCCUCUAUCGGCAGAGGCUAGAGGUCAUCGCGCUCUACCCCGCUGCGGAUUCACAUUCCAAGGUCCUCUGCUUCCUUCGCCUCAUAUCCACAGACCCCCAUCAGGCUGGGCGAGGCCUCCGCAGCAUCCUGGGCGCGGCCCGCCCCGCCCCCUCCGCACCCCCACUCCCUUUGCUGAGUCAGCGCGUCCGCAGCCCCCUCCCCGCUCUUCCCCUCCCGCUGUGCGCUUCGGGGGGGGGGGGAGCCCCCUCCCUCUGCUCGCUUAGCAGCCGAGGGAGCCCCAGGAGUCCAGCGCGGGAGGUGGGGGCCAGGAGGAUAAAAGGGAGGCGACGGCCCCACCCGACCGCGUGCAGCUCCGGGUUCUGUGCGCAGGAGAAGCGGCGGCUGCAGGAGGAGAUCCGGGCGGUGCGGCGGGAGCUGGAGGAGGAAAAACUCCGCGUGGAGCGACUUAAGAGGAAGUCUCUCCGGGAGCGCUGGCUCAUGGAUGGAGCAGCUGAGGGGCCAGAGCAGCUGGAGGACCCCACCUCGCAGGACCUCCAGUCCCCUGAGGGCCAGGCUCAGGCUCGCAUCCAGGACCUAGAAGAUAGCUUGUUCACACUCCAGUCCCAGCUACAGCUGUUGCAAAGUGCAUCCACAGGUGCUCUGCACAAACCAGGCAGGCCCAUAUGGCGAAAACAGGGCCACCGUCCUCUCUCACAGCUCAACAUGGAAACAGACCCUCCAGGCCAGACUGAUCUCAACAAGCGAGCCUCCCUGCCAGCUGGACUGGUGGGCACAUCCACUUCUGAGCCCAGAGUUGAGAUUGCAGAAGUCCCACCAGAUGUCAGACUGGCCCCUGCAGCAGCAGGGCCUCCCUCAGAAGCCAAUGGCCCCUGCCCAGAACCGAGCAAUCCUUUGAGUCCGGGGGUAGCAGAAUUCAAGGGGGUUGUGGGGGAGACAAGAGAAGGGGGUAUGGUGAAAGUUGUGUGGGAAGGGCUGAGAGCCACAGAGGACUGUGCCACAGAAGCCACAGGUCCAGAACUGGAGGCGAAGGUAGAGGAGAUGGUGCUAGAGGCCAUCGGGGAAAGGCAGGAAGCUGAUCAGCUAGAGCUUCCGGCCUGGGUGAAAGAGGACAGGGGGAUUGUGGAGGUGAUCUGGGAAGGAGUCGGGGGCCCAGACGACGGUAACUCAGAGGCCACAGGGGAGGCAGGCAGGGGCCCAGAAGCUGCGCCAACCGGCUCACCAAAGAUCCAGGAGGGAAUAGAGGGAGCAGCUUCUCAUGAGGGGGAAGGUGCCUCCAGGAGCAGCCCUGAUGGUGACAGGCAAGGGGGCUCUGGAGCAGUGGAGGGGUCAUUCAUUUGGGUGGAAAGAGUGACCCUCACGGAGGAAUGGGAAGAGCUGCAGGUAGAGGGGGUGGGAGGACCGAGGGUGACAAGCAGGGAGGGAGAUGAAAGUCCUCUGGGGGCAGAGGAGAGAGGAGUGGAAGAAAGCUGGGAGGUGGAGAAGAGUCGAGCAGAGCAAUCUGGGGAAAAGGGAAAUGACAAAAAGGCAGGGACCGAGUGGGAAGGGGAGGAAAGGUCACUGGUGGGAGAGAGGAAAGGAAGUGAGGAAUCUUUUCAGCCUGAGGGGAGAGGAAAUGAGAAAACACUGUCCACAGAAAGAAAGGAAGUGGCAGACAGGGAAAGAGGCAAGGCGCCAUUGGAAGCAGAGAAGACAGAAGAGGAAAAAAGGCUCGAGGAGGUUGAAAAACCACCAGUGAUGGAGAGAAGAGAUGAGAUAUCACUGAAAGUAGAGAAAGGAGGAGGGGAAGCACUGAAGGGAGAGAGGGAAGGGCAGGAGGAAGAAUUAAAAGUUGGAAGAGAAGGAGGUGAGGAAGCCCUGAAGGCAGAGAGAGAAGGAGAGGAAGCAUUGAAAGUAGAAGGAGGAGGUGAGGAGGCACGGGAAGUAGAUGGAGAAGGCGGUGAGGAGGCAUUAAAGGUAGAGAGAGGAGGGGAAGCAACAUUGGAGUCAGAGGGAGAAGGAGGUGAGGAGGUAUUGCUAGUAGGGACGAAAAGAGAUGAAGAAGAGUUAGAGGCAACUCAAGAACCACUGGUGUCAGUGAGAGAAGGAGAAGCAUCACGGAAGGCAGUGAGAGGAAGUCAGGAAACACUACAGGCAGAGCAAAAAGGAGACGAGGCACUGGAGGCGGGGAAUACCCAGGGUCCGAGUUCAGAGGAAGGUCUGAGUGUGGAAGAACAGAGAGAGUCAGGAGAAGCUACAGAAAGUCAGGUAGAGGAGGUGAGUGAGGCAGGGGUUGCCCUGAGGGCCACGAAGGAGCCAGGGCCAGAGGAGGAAUCACAGCCCCAGGAACUGGAAGCCUCCCCAGAGAAGACAGCCAUGAAGCUCCAAACCCCGGCUGAGGGCCGGGGCCCCUUGGGGGACACCACACCCCUCCUGGUAAAGACCGCAGCUCCCGAUCAGCCCCCUGAGUGCCAGCCACUGCUUCAGGUAGAGGGGCCCAGUGCCCAUCCUGUGCCCACCUAUGCACCUGACCGGCAUCUUGAGCCAUCUGCCUCUCCUGAGGGUGAAGAGGUGAGUGUCCCUAAGCAGAAGACGUGCCAGUGUUGUGCGGUUAUGUGAGCCCACACCUUCCGUUCCACACCCAGCUCCUCUCACAGCUACCUCGGCCUCUUGGCAUCCAGCAGAGGGUCCCAGGCACAGAGAAGGACACCACAGGACUGACCUGUGGCACUUGGGAGCCAGCUGGCCCAAAGAUCCACCUCUACCUGGGCUUCCAGACCCCUUGCCUACUGCCUGUGACUCUGGCCCCCUUCUGUGACAAAGCCUUUAUACUUGAAAAUAAAAUCUUA